AAAGUGUUUGCUUCAGGGGCUUUUGUCUUCAGCAUGCAUUUUGUUCAUAAGUUCCUUUCCUUUUUGUUUGCCUGUCUUCGAACGCAAUAAAAUAUUUCAAAUUGGCAUACCUCAUUCAUCAAUUAUGAAAACCUCUUUGCCUGUUUGUCAAAUUUAUCAUUUGUUGAACGGAAAGGGGGAAAAAGAAAAAAAAGAAAGGAAACUAGCUUCUUAUGUUGUCCAAGAAAGCCGAUUUGAUUAAACAGAUUCUCCUCUAACUUUGCAGGUCGAUUCGGUUGAAGUAGAUCUAAACAGGGAUCCCAAUGAGGAUGAAUCUGUCUUCUGGAAGAAACCUGCCCAUUUAAGCUCUAGGGAGGAACAAGAAUUUGCUAAAGUUGUAAAGCCAAUCACACACUCCCUCCUUGACUUGCUCGGUACCCAGCACAUCCACAAAUUAGCUUCUUUUGAAGAUCCUACCUUGGGUAAACAUAAUCUUGAGGACAGUCCCUUAGAAGACAUUAACAGUGCUCAGAAACUUUUGAAGCAAUUUAAAACAUCAAUGAUUGCCUAGGAGAAGUUGUAUGAGCAUGGUUUAUCUCCCUUUCCUACUUGUGAACCAAAGAAUAAGAUAGUAAUGGUAAAUAUGUGUUCUGGUAGCAAAUCCAUUGGUGCUUCUGCCAACUUGGGUGUGAAGCGAAGUCAAGUAGACACUGAUGAUCUCUCUAGCCAUCCUCCGAAAAUCUCAAAAGCUUCUUCAUGUAACUGGGCAUCUGCAAUGAACAUGCUUUUCAAAGUUAAUGAGCCCUCCUCAUCUUUAAUUCCGGAAACUUGUUCGACGACAGUUCCAACUCCGAUCUCAACCAAAUUUUUGUCUGCACAAGAUGCUCAGUUCGUUUCCCCACUAGGUUCUCCAAAGAUGCCUGGUCAAUCUGUCAGCUUGGAUCAACAGACUCACAAAACUGAGAAAUUCUCUAUUGCUGUCUUCGAUAAAUCUUGUGGGGAUUCAGGAAAAGAUGUUCGAGAUGUUAAAGCCAUACCUAAGAUCUUGGAUGGAGCUCAGAAGUGUGUCUCUCCUGCGUCUAUGGCUAUUGAAGAGGAGUCUGAUCUUGUUCAGAUUUCAAAAAGCAUUGGAGAUAAGAUGACUCAGAUGGCAUACUUAGCUUUGGAGGAAGAGAGGAAAAUGCAGAACACUUUGGCAGCUGAGGUGAGCAGACUGAAAGAAGUGAAUGAGAAUCUUCUUUCAAGAAUAGAUAACCGCAUUUCUGAGAAUCUCCAGUUAGAAAAACUUUUGAAACAAGAACGUGAAAGGUCAAUGUUGGAGAUGGAUACGCAAAAGGAGAAGUUCAAAGCUGAAAUCAUCAAGUGUAAAACUGAGUUGGUCAAGUCAAAUGUCACUAAUGGUAAGCUGCGAAAAAAAUGCGAUGCUUUGAAAGCCGAAUUAGAUGAAUUUGUGAAACGAGAAAAUCUGAAGCAAGAACGUGAAAGGGUAAUGUCCUUGGAGAAGGAGCUGGAAAGUCAAAAGGAGAAGUACCGAGUUGACAUUUCUGAGUAUCAAUCCCAGUUAGUGAACUCCAAGAGGAGAGCUGCUCAGUUGCUUGAAAGAGCAACCUAUUUGGAAGCUGAAUUCCCGAACCGUGAGGCUGCAGCUGUUUCGGCAUUCAAAACCUCUAGCGAUUACCAUAAGACCAUGGAAGCUGUUUUUAAGAAGGCAUAUGAAGACUGUCGAGCAGUGCUAAAGGAAUAUUGUCCAGAACUAGAUUUUAUGAUUAUACAUGAUGAGGAGGAUUGUGAUCAAAACAGUGCUGAAAAGGAUGCUCAAGGUAAAGAAGUGUCAAUAAGAACAGAGGAUGCAGACCUGAGCAACACUGAUGGUCCAACAAGUGCUUAAACAGUUUUGUGUUACGGCAUUUUUGUUUCUUGUAAAUACAGGUCUCCUUGAACAAUAUGCCUAGCUUUCUCUAGUUAUGAACUUCGUUUCAUACUUUAAUAUUAUCCUAGAUAGCAUUGUUAUGUGAGUUCUGUACC